UAAACCACUUGAAAAAAACUUACUUACAAAAAACUUUGAGAAAAUAAAUUGAAAGCAAAGCAUGGGAAGCAAGUAACAAAGAAGAAAGCAAGAUGAUGAAAGUGUUAGGAAGCAAGAAGAAGAUGAGAAGAAGCACGACAAUGACCACGACCAUGACCAUGAUCUUCCAUCGAUGGCACUGAACCAUGUGUCAAGACUAUGUAGAUCAGUGGAAGAUUCAUUAGAGUUUUACACCAAAGUUUUGGGGUUUGUAAAAAUUGAGAGGCCUCAAGCUUUUAAUUUCGACGGGGCUUGGCUUUUUAAUUAUGGUGUUGGUAUUCAUUUGGUUCAGUCUAAGGAUGAAGAUCGUUUGCCUUCGGAUAAGACGGCCUUAGACCCCAUGGACAACCACAUCUCCUUUCAGUGUGAAGAUAUGGAGGCAAUAGAGCAAAGACUAAAGGAAUACAAUGUCAAGUACAUGAAAAGAACGGUGGAUGACGAAGAGAACAAGACGUCGAUCGAUCAGCUAUUCUUCAAUGAUCCAGACGGAUUUAUGAUAGAGAUGUGUAAUUGUGAGAAUCUAAAGCUUGUACCAGCAGGGUCAAUGGGUAAGAUUAAGCUCCCUUGUGAUCGUCAUAAUCCUCCUAUUCAGCUUCGCAAAGAUGAUAAUGCUACAAAUUAAAGGAGAUUUUGACUUUAUUUUAGCAGAAAAUGGGUUGAUUUGAAGUUGGAGCAACUUGUUUUUUAUUUUUAUUAAGAAGCAAGGUUCAUUGUUUCAUUUCCUUUCAAUUUUGUCAAAGGAAAGGAAUAUGUGUUUCUUAAUCGUAUCUCAUUUGUUGGUUUCAUGAUGUUUAUAAAACAAGUUAAGUUGUUUUGGUAUUCAAUUCUUUUCCCAUUUUUGGGAUUAAAGCUUUGAUUGUUAGUAUUUUGGUAUUUCAUUAUUUGAUGUUUACCCCUUACUUCAGCUAGAUGUAGCUAUCAAAUUAUACUUGGAUCUUGAUAAUGAAUUCUGGAGGAAAGAAUUGGUUUGCAUCAAAUUGAUAUAUUAGGGUACGUACUUAUGGUCCUCAUAGUGGUACGAGGUUAUAAUCAAGAACGAAACUAGGAUGACAUGAAUUUGGAAGUUGAUAUUUAUACAUAUUAUAUCCUAUAUUAUUUUAACAUAUUAAAAAGAUUACACCAUUUACCUUUAUAGUGCAUAUGACGGGGAUUUUAUGGACAAGAUAAUUAUUAGAUAGGGUCAAUGCGGGUCAAUAAUAUAUCCCAAAACAAUUUUGAAAAGUAAAAUUUUGAAAAAAUGAGCAUACAGGGCAACAAACAUCAAAACUAAAAAAAGCUAGCAAAAAAUAAAAAGAAUAAAAAACACGUUGAAAAAGUCAUGGGUCAUGCACAGGAAAAAAAGACAAACGGGAUCAAAAGAGAAUGAACAAAUGUACUUGUAUGAUGUUGGCACGCUCUAAAUACGAACAAUGAAGUCAAAGAAAUAUGGUGUUGGCACACUCUUUCAGGAUGUAAAAGUAAAAGUCAUCACUCCAAAGUCCUAAUAAGCAACUAAGCAAUACUCAACAAUAAGCAACUGAGCAAGAAAUCAAACCAACAUGCAUAAUACAACAGCUUAAAACAUAUCAGAU